AUGGAAGAAGUGAUGAAAGCUGUUUUUGAGUUAUCAGGUGACAGUGCAUGUGGACCAAAUGGUUUUUCUGGGAUAUUUUAUCAAAAGUGUUGGGAAGUGAUCAAAGUUGAUGUGUUUAAUGUAGUUAAAGCCUUCUUUGAGGGUCAUGCCCUUCCUAAAUCAAUUAUUCGCACCAACUUAGUGUUGUUGCCAAAGAAGAAUGUGGUGGAAUCAUUUUCUGAUGUGAGGCCUAUAAGUCUUAGCAACUUCAUCAACAAGGUCAUCUCUAGAGUAGUGCAUGACAAGCUUGAUAGACUGUUACCAGCUGUGAUAUCUUCUAAUCAGUCAGGAUUUGUCAAGGGUAGGAAUAUUAUUGAGAAUGUACUGUUGACACAGGAAAUUGUGACAGACAUAAGGAAUAGAGGGAAACCUGCAAAUGUUGUUAUUAACUUGGAUAUGACAGAGUUUCAUAGCUAUAUCUCUAUAUGGUAA